CCUCUCCUCUACGUUGGCACACAUGCUCACGCAGAGAGGGAGCUAGAGGUGGACAGAGAGAGGGGGACGGAGAGAGAGAGACGCGUCACUGAUGGAUAUAUUAUCUUCUUCCCGUUCCCUCUCGGGUCGCCUACUCAACGAAGAUGUGGUUGGUUGUCAAACCGAAUUAAUUAUCCGUUACUACCCAUUACCGACUACCGCUGGAUGUUCUGCUCGUGGUGACCUUGUAUCUCUCCGACGCUGAGAACAUUCUCAAUAUUGUAUUUUCUUUCCCGACCGUUUUAGCUUGCCUGUCUCCAGUCUGUAGUCUGUCUCCAUCUCCAUGGCUACCUCGAAUGUGCUGGAGGAGUCCUGCCUGCUGCAGAGAGUCAGAUCUCACAGCGACCCGAGCAGCAUCAUCGUGGAACCUCGUGUCGCCGGAGCUACCGGAGCACAGCGUACUGCAGCAGUGAUGGAGCAGCAGCAGGGGGAGGGUGCUCUGGGGGGUGUGGUCUCAGGGGUGCGGACCCCUCCGGUAAGGAUGAACAGUAAACUGGCCAGUCUGGGACGGAUCUUUAAACCCUGGAAGUGGAGGAAAAAGAAGCAGCAGAACUCCUCAGCUGUAGAGAGGAAGGCAACGGCACCACAGACCCCAGACCAACUGGUUAGGAGGGGCCUGGAGACCCCAGACCAACUGGUUAGGAGGGGCCUGGAGACCACUGACCAACUGGUUAGGAGGGGCCUGGAGACCACAGACCAACUGGUUAGGAGGGGCCUGGAGACCCCAGACCAACUGGUUAGGAGGGGCCUGGAGACCCCAGACCAACUGGUUAGGAGGGGCCUGGAGACCCCAGACCAACUGGUUAGGAGGGGCCUGGAGACCCCAGACCAACUGGUUAGGAGGGGCCUGGAGGGGACUGAGCCAGAGUGUUGUGAGGCGUGUGGGGGGAUAGAGGACCCUCCCAGCCAAUCAAAUGCAGAGGAGGAGGAACCUCUGGCUCCCCUGGCAACCACCUCAGAGGACCUGGUCAGCGACGAAGACAACCCCUCUACAGUGGUGGACCUGACAGAGGAUAUUGUGAUGGUGGCCGUCCAGAAUGAGGAGGGUGGAGAGGAGGAUGCGUCCCUCUGUGAGUCCUGUGUGGACAAUACUCUGGGACAGGCUGAGACAGGAGGGGGACAGGAGACACCCCACCCAAUGGACCCCCCAUCCUGCCGGGCCGGCACCCCGCCACCCCCCAACCGGCCCAAACUACUGACCAGGCUGGGCAGUCUAGAGGGUCCUCACCCUUUCCCUAAGUCGGGUGCUAACCCAGAGAGGAAGAAGUCUCCAGCCACUUUCCCCAGGACCUUCACUCUGCCCAGAACCUCCCCGGAUUCCUUGCUGAGAGGACGGAUCACCACGCCUACUGGCUCUCCCCACCUGGGGAUGCUGCACCCCCCACCACCACCCAGCUGCAUCAUUGAGGAACUCCAUCGCGCCCUGGCCACCAAACACAGACAGCACAGUUUCCAACCAAAGGAGAUACACUCUUCUCCGAAGCGUCGGUCCGACGGUCAUCUGUUGCAUACAGCCAGCGUGGAGAAAGAGCUGUUCGGAGCCUCGGAGAGAGAGAAGGAGACAGAGAGAGAGUCAGAUGAGAAUAAGGAGAACAGACGUCUAGACGAUCCUGACCGUUGGAACGACUCCGUAAUCUCCGGCACCCUGCCGCGGCGGAUGCGUAAGGAGUUGUUAACGGUGAAGCUUCGUAACCGGCCCAGUCAGCAGGAGCUGGAGGACAGAAACAUCUUCCCUGUUCGCUCAGACCUGGAGAGACAGGAGACACGACAGCACAUAGAGACCAAGCUGGCCAAGCGGCUGAGCCAGAGACCCGCGGUAGAGGAGCUGGAGAGUCGGAACAUCCUCAAACAGAGGAAUGACCAGUCAGAGCAGGAGGAGAGGAGGGAGAUCAAACAGAGACUCAACAGGAAGUUGAACCAGCGUCCUACAGUAGAUGAGUUAAGGGACAGGAAGAUACUGAUUCGUUUCAGUGACUAUGUUGAGGUGGCCAAGGCUCAGGACUACGACCGCAGGGCAGAUAAACCCUGGACCAGGCUGUCUGCUUCAGACAAGGCAGCAAUAAGGAAGGAGCUGAAUGAGUUCAAGAGUAAUGAGAUGGAGGUUCACAAUUCCAGCAAGCACCUGACGAGGUUCCAUCGGCCUUAGUGUAGUCGUGGUUUCUUCUGCAGAAGCUGGGUGGUCCAAUUAUCAGUGAAGACCAUGUGACAGUGUUCCCAGGCUCCUACCCACGGCCCCAGACUGUCCUGUCUUGAUAUGUGGGCUAGUUCCCGGAUGUUCGACCUACAGAUAUCUGUCUGUCUUUGUGCCAACUUGGAGGCUGUCUGGCUCUCUGUGUGUCACCAUGGAGGUUAUGUCUCUAGAGCUGGCGCCCAGGAAAGAUCACAGGAGACAUCAGACUGAUAUUCUCUUAAAGGAGCUAUCAAAACGUCUCUGGUCGCUUUCUCCUAGACGUCAACCAAUGAGAAAAAGAUGAAUGAAAAAGAUGACAGCACUUGUUAGUUCACAAGUUGUUUCUCUCGAUUCACUCCAUACCAGCAGUCUAUAAGAAUAGGAAAACUAUUGCCAUGCAACAAAUGUUUCUCAGAAUUUCUCUUGGUGUGGUUAAAAAGAAACCUACGAAGAAGGCUAAAGGAUGAAAGAGUACAUCCCCGAGACUGCUGCUGUGGAAUAAACUGAAAUAAAUAACGUUGACUGUGAGUGCUUGGGAUAGUGGAUCCUUGGAUCAGCCACAGGAGGAACUACGAGGAGCCUCCAACCUGGAGGAACCAGCCUGAUCGCUGCCUUCACCAUUCUAUUUCACUUCACGCACCAAUCUCACAUUCCUCCUCAGUUUGAGCCUAUGUCUGUGACGGGAGGCAGUAUUUAAAACGUACUUAUCAGUGAUUGCAUCACCUUCAACCAAUCACUGUUUCUGAGAGGAAUCUGAUUGGAUCAGUCAUUUUCCGAUGUAUUCCAAACACCUAUUGGAUAAAGACUAGACGGAUAAGUGCAGUGAGACAGAAUGGUGAAGGCAGCGAUCAGGCUGGUUCCUCCUCCAACCUGCUUGGAGGAAACAGCACAUCUCCUUCAGAGGACCAUCUGAAAAUUUUCCUCAACACCUUGUUUCUCCAUGUUAGAGGACGGAUGAGACACAUUGGAAUGCGUCCCAAAUGGCACCUUAUUCCUUAUUUUAUAACAGACUCUUUGAAAGCUGAAAGAACGAUGGCAGACAAAGGAUGUGGUGCAUGUGACCAAUGAACCCUUUCCUCUCCUCUUCAGAAACACUAGUUAAAGGCUGCAAAAUUCCAGAAAAUUCCAGUUGGAGGGUUUCAGGAUUUUAUGCUUAAUUUAUUCUCUCCUGAUUCCAGGAAUCUCUAACCAGGAUUUCUGGAAAACCUGGGGAUUUUGGGAAAGUGACAGGAUUUUGCGACCCUAAACGCUAGUCUCCCCUCCAGCACCCAGGCAUCUCUCUCUAUGGGCUGACAGUGUUAUUAAUGUUGAUGGUAACCAUGUCUGUCUAAAGCAGGGGUAUCAAGCUCAUUCCACAGUGGGCCGAGUGUCUGCAGGUUUUUGUUUUUUCCUUUCAAUUAAGACCUAAAUAGUGACCUUAAUUCAUCAAUCAAGUACAAGGGUGGAGAGAGAACCUUCAGAGACACAGCCACCCGUGGAAUGAGUUUAACACGUGGUCUAAAGCACCUUUGUAAGCACUAUUUAUCGUCUGCACAAUACAAGUUGACUUUUUAAGAA